UACAAUUAUUUCCCAGCACUCUCGGAACAAGAAGUGCUCGCACAAAACAAUUUUUGUUGUCUGCUUCACUUGGUCUGAUCCGGCGAGUAUGGGGAUGCCGGUGUCGGCAGCAUGUGUGCUGCUUCUUUUAGCAAGCCCGUGUUUAGUGUGGGGCCAGCCUCAAGGCCAGCCACAGGGUAUGCCACGUGGCGGUGUUCUUCAACUAACUGAAAAGAAUUUCGUGAAGACCGUUCAAUCAACCCCCGUCACACUCGUCUGUUUUCUCUCUGGAGGCCAAGCUGAUGCCAGUUACGAGGGUUACCUCGUACAGCAACUGGAGUACGUGGCCGCACUUAUGCGCGAGAAGGGUCCUAAUGGCGUGAAGAUUGCAUCCGUGGACGCAGCCACCAACCCCGGCCUUCUUCAACAGCUUGGAGUCCAGCCCGAAGCUCGUCCAGUAAUGCUUUUCCGUGCCAAGGCGUCACCACAGGAGUACUUUGGACAACGGACUGCGGAGGGUAUUGCCCAGUUCCUAACUGAGGUGAUAACCAACAAGCCUGUGCGAAUGGUCUCAACCAAAGCCGAGAAAAAGAGAUAUGAGGAGUUUGAAUUUGCCAAGGUCGUGGCGUACGUCGAACCAGGCAGCAAAAUGGAGAAGUGGUUCACAGCAGCUGGUGAGCACUUUGUACCUUCCAUUCCUUUCUACCAGGUCACUGACAAGAAGAUUGCCAAGAGUCUGCGUCUGAAGAAGUCCGGUGCUGGCCUGUUUGUCAAGCCCAACGAGAAACCCAUCUCAUUCCCGUCCAAUGUCACUGAGGACAGGAGCUUGAUUCGUUUUGUGUACGCUAAUCGCAAGCAGGCUCUGAUGCAGGUGCGCAUGAUGGAGAUGCACUUGACCUGGAGCGGUGUUCUGUCACCAAAUCUCUUCUUCGCUGUUUUGAAGCCAAAGAGUGAAUCUGGUGCUCGUUUCUUCGGCUCAUUGAAGACCGUGGCAAAGCACUUUGCUGGCGACAAGUCGUUGAACUUGGCCUGGAUUGACACAGCGUCGGACAUGCAACAGAUGCUCCCACAGUGGGCCAAGACAUUUGACCGAGAGGACUUGGCCACCACAUCAGCCUCAUUCGGUUUCAUUGACCUUGCCAAGAACAAGCAUGCUUGGUUGGACCUGACCGAGAAGGACACCAUCUCCAAGCCGAAGCGGGUCAUCGACUGGAUCACCUCGGCUCUGGCUGGGGAGGUGGAACUCAAGGAGACUGUCCGCCCUGAGGCUGCACAGCCUAAGCCCGACGCUGAAGAGGACUUUGAUAUUCCCGAGGACGGCGCAGAGUCUAGCGAACGAACCGAGCUCUAAGCCACCUGGCCAUGGUUAGGUGGUUGGUUGCUACCGGUGAUGCAGUGCGCGCUUCCGUCGGGCUGUGUGUGCGGGUGUGCGGCAACUGUGCGUAUGGACGUGCCACCUUGCCAAGUCACCAUCGUCGGGUGUUCUUAUCUAUUCUAGUCAUCUACAUGUACACCAAGCUGCUCCACGCCCGCUUCUUGGCACAAGUGUGACCUUUGAUCUAUGCGUGAGCGUCCAAGCACGCCUCUAAUCUGGAUGUGCGGGGCCUUGUGGCCGUGUGUGUGUGUUGUGUGUGGGUGUGUUUGUUUGUGCGCGUCUUUUGUGUGCGUGUGUGUACCAUGGGUGUGUGGGCGCAUUCUGGUCAAAAAUUGUUGAAAUUUCCAAUGAGCCUUAUCCGCCAAUGACGGCUGCUCUGUAUCUUCCAAUUUCUUUAUUAUUGUUUUGGACCCGACGUACCGACUAUUAUUAACUCGAUUGCUCGUCCACGACUCACUGUCACUGACCACGCUCAUUUAGAUCUUGACUGCUUUACGCUCAAUUUCUUUUCGGUACUGGGUUGCCCAUGUCAACGGAAUUGUCUCUAGCGUCAUUCUGAACCCAGA